UCGGUGGAGUUGGGCAGCAUGUCUCCUGCAACCUGGACCUGAGCUCCUGUGGACUGGAGAUUAUGUGCCAUUUUUGGGAAGGCUCCUGCCAAAAAAAAGGCUGAUGCUGAUCCGAUCCAAGACCAGAGUGAACAUCGGUGCUGCGUUUGAAUGACGGCGACAAUUGAAAGCCCCGAAAGGGCUGCAAAGUGAUGACAUGGUGGUUCUUUCUACUGGACAGGUGAGAGAUAUUGGACCUGACCGUGCCAGAGGCUGGAGAUGAGACACAGUCGUGCACACGAGGAGGAGGAACAUCACUGAAGCUCGGAAGAACAGUCUUUGACAUGGCAGAUGAAGUACUGAUGCAUUUCGUCAUGGUCCCUGCUGCCAAGCACUCACAGCUGUGCUGUUGCUAGGGAUGAGCUGUAUAUCAAAUCUUUCAGUGUUUAGCAUUUUUGCAGGUGGAUCCUGAGGCGUGCCCACAACAGAUGGGGAUCUUAAACCCUCUGGCAUGUUCUCGGUGUUCUUUGCAUCUGUUGUUGUGUCCCAGUCGCUCAAAAUAACCGCCACAGGGAGGCGCCCUGGAGGAAACUACAGCUGAUGUCAGCACUGAAUUAUUUCAAAUGGACUCCUGGACACUGGAGAAAGCAGACGACCAGCUACAGCUAAGUUUGAAAACAGUGACUGCAAAAAUGAGUAUAAUAAGCGUAAUUCCUGGGAAAUUGUUAUUUUUUGCACUAGAAGAAUAAUCUCAUUUUGAGAAGAAGUGUAUGACUUUGUCUUAAUAACAAAUAGCUUCCUUUAAGCUUGAAUGACCAGCAACAGUCUAUGUUUGAUGUCAAAUUGACGGUUGUGAAUAGCGUAAAUACAAGUAAUUCUAAAGGACUCAUUUUAAGUAAAUGUGGUUUUUUUACAUGAGAGGAUUUCUUUGUGACAACUUUUGUAAGAUUUGGCCACAUUUUUGUCUAUUUUUUUUUUUCCAUCUCUAGUAUUGUGACCUAAGUAUAAUAUGGAUAAAUCCAGGUUUUGUUACUGUUGCCUUUUCUUCCCACUUGAUAAAAACCGUAGGGUUCUUGAUAAUCUUGGAUUGAUAUUUUUGCCAAAAAAGUAGAAUCUUGGAAAGCAGGUUUUGCACAAACACAAAAUAUAAAAUUUAAAUGUAAACCAAUGUAAGAAUAUUUGUCUUUUGUGUAUUCCCCAACUCUAGGAGCAUUUGUGAACGAGCAAUAAUUAGCCUACACUUUAUAACCCCUAGAUGGCGCUUUAUCACAAAGUGGAACAUGAUUAAUCACAACCUGAUGAUCAUAAUCAACAGUUCAAGGAGCAGCUCAUCCUCCCUCGUCUCUGCAGUGAUGUCCUAUACCAGGGUGAGCGCUGUCCGCGGUGCUGAAACACAGUCUCCCGCUGACAUUUGACGCAGAACAGAGGCAGCGGCUCUCUGGCGCGCACGCACGCAGCACCGAGGAGAGGAGCCGGGGAGAGACUACCUGUUUGCUUCUCCCGGCGGCGGCAUUCCUGCAGCUGCCGCUGCUGCGCAGAGGUACUGCCUCCGGAGAAAGAAGAUUAGAAUCCAGCGCCGCAAAACCCCACUGACCCACUUUGUUGCAAGUUGGAAAUCCAAACAGUGCAGAGUAUCAUGUCAGCGCUGCGCGUGUUGUGACAUUGUUCCUGGCUGUGUUACAAGGAGAUGAAGGUGAAGGGAGGAGAGGGAGCAGCGGUGACUCGAUCUGCUGCUGCUGCCGCUGCUGCAUCUGCUGCUGCUGCUGGGAAAGUAACACCAGGGAGAGAGUUGAGGAAGAGGAGGUGCUGAAGAAGCCAGAGAAAGGAGAAGGUUAUGCUCGCGUUUCUUCACCUGGACCUCGGGCUGCUGCUGCUGCUGCUGCCCCUGCUGCUGGCCUGCUGGCAAACACCAGGGAUGGUCGGAGCAACGGUACCAGCAGCCCCUGUGAACGUAUCAGUGACCCAGCUGAGGGCACACUCGGCCAUGGUGACCUGGAACGUCCCUCUGGGAGAUACUGUCAUUGGAUACGCCAUCUCACAGCAGAGGCAGGACGGCUUGAUGCAGCGCUCCAUCCGAGAGGUGAACACGUCCAGCCGCUGGUGCGUGCUGUGGGACCUGGACGAGAACACGCACUACAGUGUCCAGGUGCAGUCCGUCGGGCUUCAUGGAGACAGCCAACCCAGCCGUGCCAUCCACUUCAGGACUCUGGAGAGAAGCGACCAUUAUCCAGCCGGGGUCCUGGAUCACCAUGAACCCGCGAUGGAAGGUCUGGGUAUGACCCCUCACCUGCAGACGGGAGAGCUGCUCAUUAUCACCACUGUGCUACUGCUGUGGGCAGCCGUCAUCGCCCUUUUCUGCCGACAGUACGACAUCAUCAAAGACAACGACUCCAACGGCACCAAGGAGAAAGCCAAGAGGCCACUGGUCCACGCCUCGUCCCCCUACUACAACCCCUCUGCCGGCAGCUCGCCCGUCUACCACAACGGAGCCGUACGCAGCAGCAGGCUCCACAGAGCCUCCUCCUCCAUCAGCAUCAUUAGAGUCUGAGUUUCGGAUGUCGGUUUGUAAAGACUCGCUGGUGUGCAACUGCAGGAGGAGGAACCUAUAUUUUUUAGGGAUGGAGAGACUCUGAUUCCGUGUAGAAUCCAAGAAGCACUCCACGCAACUGGGAUUCAAAUCAAGCCAGAGUUACAUUGUGGGCAAAGUGGGUGACUACUGCCAUCUGGUGGCAGAAGAUGGCAGCGUCUGUGGUGGCCUCUCCCAAGUGUACAAAAUAUUUCCUUCUCUCUGAUGUCAAAGACGACGAUGUUCAUGUCUGCCAGCAUGUCAGCCAAAUCGUGUGUGCCUCACAUUAACACAUCCCUGUGUGUGUCUGUGGACAUUUGUCUCUCUCUGCUGUUUAUAGGUUUUUAGAUCACGUUCAUGACCAGUGAUUAGUACUAACAUCCAAAAAAAUUUAAUAAAAAGAAUGUAUUAUAUGUAAUUAUAAGUGUAGAUAAACUGAAGGGAGGUACAUUUAAGUAAUUUAAGUGUGAUGUGAAUAUAUUUGACUGUUUUUGAUGGUGGAUUUAGAGCAGAAAGAAGUUAAACUCGCAGUUUAUUACAACAUGAACAAUGUAUGAAGUAUUUUUUGUGUUUACACAUGAAAUUCAUGUGUA